AUGAUUCGGGUCAUCUGUCCCAUUUGUGUUCUUCUCUUUGCGCUCCUCUUUGUGUGCAUGAACGCACGUCCCGACUCACCAGGCCGAUCAAGGCGUGCUCCUGCUGCCAAAGUGCGACUGGCAGGUAUCAGCCACAGAGAAAAUGAGGGACGAGUUGAAGUCCUGCACAACGGGACGUGGGGCACCGUAUGCGAUGACGAGGUCGACAUUAAACUCGCUAAUGUGGUUUGCAGGGAACUGGGUUUCCAAAGUGGUAUAACAUGGGCUCACAGUGCCAAGUAUGGAGAAGGAGAAGGCCCUAUUUGGAUGGAUAAUGUGAGGUGUGAAGGAACGGAGAAAACUCUGAAAGACUGCAAGUCGAACGGGUGGGGUGUUCAUGACUGCAAACACACUGAGGAUCUCGGAGUGGUCUGUAGUCCAGAGAGAAGGCUAGACCAAGUGCAUCCUGGAGUCACCAGAAGAGGGCACACCAUCGCUCUCAGACCAAACUCAGUCACCUCGAACCGUUGGCAGGACAUUUACUCCAGUUCACCUGCACAUCUCAGACAGGGCAAUGGACAUUCCCAGGAUCAUACCAGAUGGGAUCAAUUCUCCAGACAGCAGUUUCAUAAUCCGUCUGCCAGUAGGGUGAGGAUCGAAGAAGUCCGUCUCAAGCCGAUCUUGAUGGUUACAAAGAAGCGUGCCCUUGUUACGCAGGGUGUGGUGGAAGUAAAGCAUGCUGGGAGAUGGAGACAGGUGUGUGAUAAAGGUUGGAGUCUGAACAGCAGCAGAGUUGUGUGUGGGAUGCUUGGCUUUCCUGAUGCGGAGCAGCCCAACAUGAACACCUACAAAAAAAUAUGGGAUAAGAAAGUCAAGGAUUCAACAACCAGAUUGAGUCAGAUGACCAAGAAGAAGGGAUUCUGGGUUGAGAAAGUACAUUGUUUGGGCACAGAGCCCAGCCUGGCGGAGUGCCAAACCCAGCUGUCAAUCCCUCGAAGCCCCGCCCCCUGUAAGAACGGACGCCAUGCAGUGGCCCGCUGUGUCCCAGGACCACAGUUUGCUCGUAUGUUCUCUGGCAGACCCCAAGCACCUCACCCUGCAGAGCUGUCAGUGCGUCUGAAGGCCGGACCACGUCUGGGAGAAGGAAGAGUUGAGGUUCUCCGUGAGGGAAAGUGGGGAACUGUGGUUGACCACCGAUGGGACCGGAUCUCAGCCAGUGUGGUGUGCAGAGAGCUGGGCUUCGGCACUGCCAAAGAGGCUCUUUCCGGAGCAUACAUGGGUCAAGGGACGGGGCCGAUCCACAUGAACUCAGUGCAGUGCACUGGCACAGAGCGCUCUAUUUUGGAUUGUUACUUCCAGGAAGUCCCUCCCUGGACAUUCGAACACAGCCAGGAUGCUUCUGUCAAAUGUUAUGUUCCUAAGACAGGCAUGGAGACUAUGGUGCGGUUGGCGGGGGGCAGGGACCCGGCUGAGGGUCGUGUGGAGGUGCUCAUGGAAGUGGGGGGCAGAAAGCAUUGGGGGACGAUUUGUAGUGAGAACUGGGGAAUAAAUGAAGCCAUGGUGGUAUGCAGGCAGCUGGGCUUUGGUUUCGCCACACGUGCCCAUCAGGACACAUAUUACUGGCAAGGUGACCCUGCGGCAGAAGAAGUGUUGUUGAGUGGGACUCACUGUGUGGGAACAGAAAUGUCCAUCCAGCAGUGCCGUCGAAAUAGUUACAUCCACUGCCCUCGAGGAGGUGGAGCUAAAGCAGCAGGCGUCACCUGUUCUGAAACGGCACCUGACCUGGUUUUGGAUGCACAGCUCGUGCAGGAGAGCGCUUACCUGGAAGACAGGCCUCUGCACCUGCUCACCUGUGCGCAUGAGGAGAACUGUCUCUCCUCCUCUGCCAGCCGUAUGCAGUGGCCGUACGGGCACCGCCGUCUUCUGCGUUUUUCCUCCCGUAUCAUGAACUUGGGCAGAGCUGACUUCCGUCCACGAGCCUCAAGAGAGUCCUGGACCUGGCACCAGUGCCACAGGCAUUAUCACAGCAUUGAAGUGUUCACACAUUAUGACCUCCUCACACUCAAUGGAAGCCGAGUGGCCGAAGGACACAAAGCCAGUUUCUGUCUGGAAGACACCUACUGCCCUGAUGGACUUCACAAACGCUUUUCAUGUUACAAUUAUGGAGAUCAAGGCAUUUCGGUGGGUUGCUGGGACACUUAUCGCCACGAUAUCGACUGCCAGUGGAUAGACAUCACUGAUGUCAGACCUGGAGACUACAUCAUGCAGGUUGAGGUAAAUCCAUCCCUGGACAUGGCUGAAUCAGAUUUUAUGAACAACGUCAUGCAUUGUCGAUGUAAAUAUGAUGGACACAGAGUGUUUAUGUAUGGCUGUCAUGCAGGUGAUGCCUACAGUGCUGAAACUGAGGAUUUAUUCGAACAUCAGCGUCAGAUUAGCAAUAACUUCAUUUGA